AUAAUGCAUCUUCUGAUUGGUUGUUCCAUCAGCAUUGUGUUUAGAAUGGAAGCUGGAAUUUGGGACGAGAUCCAAGGUCUCCGAGGCAUUCUGCUCAAAGCUUUUAUCUUUUGAACUAUUCCAUGACGUAACUGCCAUCAGCACAUUUCCAUCGGCUGUCGACCUGGUGUUUCAAGUCGUUUAGGACAUGGAUUUAACGUAAACAUCCGUCCGAAAAGGUGAGCUGCAGCCUAUUCCAGCUGACUUUGGAUGAGAAACUGGGUAUACCCUGGACUGGUCGCCGGCUAAGCACAGACAUGAGUCAUUCCGAUGAAGAUUCUGCUCCAGCCGGCACCGUGCAGAAGAGGAACAUCCAAAUCAUUGAGUGGGAGGACCUGGACAAAAAGAAGUUCUAUUCUUUUGGAGUGUUCAUCACCUUAAGCAUCAGGGCCACAGUCUAUCCGGCCACUCUCAUCCGGACUCGGCUGCAGGUGCAGCGGGGCAAAUCGCUUUACGGUGGCACCUUCGACGCCUUUGUUAAGAUCCUGCGGGCAGAAGGCGUUCGGGGCCUCUACCGCGGCUUUAUGGUGAACACCUUCACUCUCAUCUCUGGCCAGGCGUAUAUAACCACCUACGAGUUGGUGAGGAAGUAUGUCUCCAAGUAUUGCGAGGACAACACAGUCAAGUCGGUGGUGGCGGGUGGCUUGGCUUCCAUGGUGGCUCAGAGCAUCACUGUCCCCAUAGAUGUGGUGUCACAGCAGCUGAUGAUGCAGGGCCAAGGGGAGCACCUCAGUCGCUUUCGCCUCAAUCCGGACUUGCAGACCGGCAAGCCCAAACAAGUGUUGGGCCAAACCAGGAGCAUAGUGGCCCAAAUAUUUGCUGCUGAUGGUUUACCGGGUUUCUACAGGGGAGCCCUCGCUUCUUUACUCACCUACAUCCCAAACAGUGCUGUCUGGUGGCCUUUUUAUCAUUUUUAUGCAGAACAGCUGUCGAAUCUGGCCCCCUCCGACUGCCCUCAUCUUCUUCUACAGGCCACCGCCGGUCCGCUUGCUGCGGCCACCGCCUCCACUGUCACCAACCCCAUGGAUGUCAUCAGAGCCAGAGUGCAGGUUGAAGGUCGCAGUUCAAUCACAGAGACCUUCAGGCAGCUGAUCAAGGAGGAGGGCUUCUGGGGAAUGACCAAAGGGCUGUCGGCCCGCAUCAUUUCAUCCACCCCCACCGCCAUUGUCAUGGUGGUCGGCUACGAGAGCCUAAAGAAACUGAGUUUACGACCGGAGCUGGUGGACUCCAGACACUGGUAGAAACCACGUGGACCGUGUCAGCACCAAACCACUAUAUUUGGAUCGAACAGUUGCGUGCAAUGACUGUCGCACCCACAGUUUUUUUUUUUUUUUUUUUUUUUUAUUUUAUUUUUUUUUAAAUGGGACAGUCAGAUGCUGGUGAAGUGUACACAAGAUCAAGACAGGACACAAAAACUAUCAUACCUCACGUUAUUUUAACAAUAGAACAAUUAAAUUGUUUCAGACCGAUUUUAUUUCCUGAGUCUGAGCAUGAACUGCAUUUUUGCAGUGGUUGAGAGAGUUGGCGUUCUCUACUGUAAAUGUUUGUACAGCAAAUAUAUAGUGGGCCCACAUCUGAAACUGAUUUGUGGGUGUUGGCCUUUUAUUUUUUUUCCGCCUUUUCCCAGGAAAUCAUGACACAAGAUCGAUUUCUUCUUUUCCCUUUGGCCAAGUCAUUAAGUCGUAUGUGUGUUUGUUCUUAACAGUAAAUGACAAAAUGGCAAAUUCCAUGCAACUCAGCAAUCAAUAUAAUAUCUGUCAUUUAUAUUUUAUCAUUGUUUUAUGGUACAAAAGAAAUGGUGCAAUACUGUUUACCAUGAAAGAAUGUAUUAUGUAAUUUUCUUUUGUUGCGUUUCGGUGUUGAUAUUUCCAGAAAAUGUGCAUUUAACUGUCACAAUCAGUCAUUUAAAUUUGUGUGCGUACGUAAAUGUUUUUUGGGAAGGUGGCAAUUUUAAACUACUGUAUAUUGA